AUGCCACAGUGGAGGGCUGCACCCCUCACCAGCCUGGACCGGAAUGUCCUGAGGGGCCAGCAGGGCCGCAAAUUGGGGAGGGAUGGUCCCGGCCCUUUGCAGCUGCCUGACAAUGGCUGGGACCAGGCAGCUGGCACGGAGACCUCAUUAAAGGCCUUCCUUGGCACCCAGGCGAGGCAAGCGCCAGCUCGCCGGCAGCUCCGGGCACUGACCCCGUGGCUUGCCCCAGCAGGCCCAGCAGCAGCUGCGGGGACCAGCCUGGGCACGGCCUGGCCUUUGAAAGGCUGCUUUGGGGCUGCAGUCCGAGCCAGCAUCCCCAGCCUGGCUUCCUGCCACCCGCAGCCUCCUUGGGGUGGGGGUCGGCCGUGGGCAGGUGAGGUCCUGCCCCGAGUUUGA